UAUGUUAAUUUAAAAAGUUGGCGUAAUGUCUUUGUUUAUAUGUCAAAAAUUGGAAAAUGGCCGCGAAACAUAAUUCUAUUGUGAACGAUGGGCAAACAACAUCAGAAGAUAUUCCAUUGACAUCCUUAGAGGAAAGUCUUCUUAGUUUAGAAAAGCUUGAUAGAGCCUCGCCAGAACUAUGGCCUGAACAGAUUCCCGGUGUUUCCGAGUUUGCGAGUUUGCAGAAUGUCGACCAAUCUCCUCCGUCGUGGAAAGGUCUUACCAAAGAAGACUACGCUCACAUGCGACAACUCGGAUCACUGACAACAAGCGGUCUGAUAAUGGAAGUGAAAAGACUUCAUGAUGUUGCUUAUCAGCUUGGGCUUGAAGAGGCCAAAGAAAUGACAAGAGGAAAGUAUCUAAACAUAUUCAAAUCUCGACGGCAGAGAUAACUUAUUAAUGUAGCUAUUUGAAAUAGAAUAAAAAAUAUUUAAAUUUUAUUUGUAACAUUAUAAGGUUUAUUCUUAAUGUCUUCUGCAAACAAUUGUUAAGUUUAGUUUACUAUUUAAUAUAUAACUGGCAUACAA